AAAAUAAUUAACAAAUUCUUACUCACCUACCUUACCUACCUACAAAUAAACUUCUCAUUCUCUAUUACUUGCCCACAUAAAACAAGUCAACGAAACAACCCAACUAUCCGUCCACAUCCGUCAUAUCAUGUCGCCCCCACCCGCACCCACACCCGCACCCACACCCGCACCCCAAUCCUCACCCUCCAUCUCCUCACCACUUCCCCUCCCUCCCCCCUCCAACAACAACAACACCACCACCAAACACCCAAUCCCAAUCCCAACCCCAAUCCCCUACUCCGAACUCCACAAACUCCACCCCGAACUCCCACCCCAACCACACCAACCAACCCGCACAGCAGAAUGCAACUCAAUGACCUACACCCCCGGCUCUGGCUCGGGCUCCUCAGGGGUUCAAAGACAAAUCUGGCUCCCCAAGGGAACAAUGAGAACAGCAUGUAAGCACCUCCAGGACGAGAACUGGGCUGCUUUGGAGAAAUAUCCCGAUUAUGUCAAUCAAGGGUACGCGGAUGAAGGGGAGGCUGAGGAGGAAGAGCGGAAUGCUUGGGCGUGGCUUGUAGAUGAGACCCUAGAAACAAAGGCGGCGGCCUUGGGAGCUGCAGAAACGAAAUAAUAGAGACCGGAAUUCGUUCUUUGAAAUUACAGCAUUCAUCAAAAAUGGAGGAACAUGAAGCUUAAGUCUUCUAUCCUACUUGUAGAACGAGAAAGGUUCACAGAUCCUUCAUGAUGACAUUUGCUGAUCUCGAAGACUUGGCCAAUUUUCACUUGAUCUGUUCAGACAUCGAUUCAAUGAACAUUAUUAAUUACUUUUGA